AUGUCGAAUCCCCCACCGCCUUCUGAGGAUCCUGUGGCAUGGGCCAAGCACCUGACGGGUGCUUUCGCUGACGCUCUCCACAAGAAGCGUGCCGAGUGUUUAACAAAACAGACCCGUAAUCUUUCCCUGAGUUCGCCUCCAUCACGACCUCCACCACCGAUACCCUCCGAUAGUUCAUCCUCAUCGAGAUCCUGUGUGCGUCCUGCAACACCUUCGAGCUCUUCGUCCUCCUCGUCACAGCCCAGUCUUCGUAAAGCGAAGUCCAAGUUCACUCUCUCUACAUCCUCUUCUUCUAGGUCACAAGAAGUCGGGCCCGACGGAUUACCAGCAUAUACAAGAUCGGGAGCGACAAGAGAGUCACAUCCACCGGAGGAUGUCGCGUCGCUAAAAUUUAGGGGGCAGUUGAUGCUACUUGCAAACACCCCAGCGAGAUAUGAGAAUCCGGGAUUGUUGGAUGAAGCACUCACACUGAUUCCGCUGAAUAGGAUAUAUGCAGAGGCUGAGGAGGAGAGUCAGAUGUAUGAAGCAGAGGCUAGGAGUUUGGGGAAGGAGCGUGGAAAGUGGGGUUAUCAAGAUUGUGUCAUCAUGGCUUUGUUAAGGUGGGUUCUGAAUACCUUUUAUUCCCCGGUUUCUCUUUGUUGGGCUGGGCUGCUGCUGGGCGGCUGGGCAGUGUUUGCGGGAACCUACGUUGGUGAUGUAUUAGCGGGUAAUGUGCGGAAAGUCUCCGGGUUUGGUGGCGGGGGGCACCGGGGCUGGAGAGGGAUUGCUGCGCAUGUGUGGUGGACGGAACCUUUAAUUAAUGAUAUAUAUAUAUACGGUCGGGUCUUUACUAACUUUGGAUUUGUUAUUUCAUAGAUGGUUCAAGCGUGAUUUCUUCACUUGGAUUAACAACCCAUUAUGCCCUGUUUGCUAUUCGGAAACCUCGCCCGAAGGAAUGACACAACCAUUGCCCGAUGAAACUGCUAGAGGUGCCACUAGGACUGAAUUAUUCAAGUGCACGAAUGCGAGAUGCGGCACUUAUGAGCGUUUCCCCCGAUAUAGUGACGUUUGGGCGUUGCUCAACACUAGAAGGGGAAGGUGUGGAGAAUGGGCAAACUGUUUCUCGAUGCUGUGUAGAGCGGUGGGGAGUCGUGUCCGUUGGGUGUGGAACAGCGAGGAUCACGUAGGUUAUGGCCGGCUGGAAAUCACACUAAUUAUACGUUUCUAACUCCCUGUUCCUAGGUUUGGACUGAGGUCUACUCGGAACAUGUCAACCGGUGGGUUCACAUCGACUCCUGCGAAGAGGCAUGGGAUAAGCCGAGGUUAUAUGCGGAAGGUAUGGCUCUCUCCGUCAAUUAUAAUGUUGAAUAGUGGUUUACGUGUCUUAGGCUGGGGUAAGAAAAUGGCCUACUGUAUUGCGUUCUCCCACGAUGGAGUUACAGAUGUCACCCGCCGCUAUGUUCGGCUCCAGAAAUAUGCACUUCCUCGAACAAAGUGUCCCGAAGCGGUGCUGGUGCAUAUUCUUAAUGAAAUUAGGACAAUGAGAAGGGAACGGUUGAGUCCUUCCGACAUUAAGAGGUUAGAGAAGGAGGAUUAUCUGGAGGAGAUUGAGUUUCGCAAAUUCGAAUGGCAAGCUCUGGAGGCCGAAGCAACAAAGAACGGCGCCCGUAGGACUACGACCCCAGGGGAGAAGCGUCCAAGACAGAGUGGUUAGUUAUCUUUGGAUGGUAUGGAUGAUGGCCAACGGUUUUGACUAACAAUAUAUUUCUAUAUAGGCACCACUGAUUGGAAGCAUCGCAGAGGAGAAAACGGCAUAGCAUCUGAGACUGUUUCGCCAUUAGACGCACCCGAUGCUAGGAUGAUGGAACAUGAUGGGCACUGA